GCCAUUAAAAGGAAUUUAGUUCUCUCUCUAGGACUGUAUUGAUAAAUGACGAAAAUAACCCUAUGUCUGACAGAAAUCAGGUUUAGUAAAAGAAAUCUUUGUUUAUGUUAAAAAAUUUACGCAUUUAAUGCUUCCGACAUAACUGACGGAAAGAUUUGUCAAUAUUGCGUCGGCGUUAUGGGGAAAAGAAAGAUCUUGAGGAAAUAACAUGAUUACGCAGAUAUUUCUUGGGUUGUGGGUGUAUAACUGGAUUGCGUUCACCUAUUAAUUACCUGAGUAGAGGCGUUGGCAAUGAAACACAAAAACAACACCAUAAAUGCUCUGAGACACAGUUAAUGAAAUGAAGAACGGAAGCAAUUUUCUGGGUUGUAUUGAAGAUCUGCAAUUAAUACGCAAAGGUACCGAAUGGCUUUGAUAGUGCGUCUGGUUCGAGGGGAAUGAAAGAAGAACGACGAUGGAUGUUUCGAACAUGUGUCGGCUUUGGAAGGUUUUACGAUGGCAGUACGGCUAAGAGAAAUGGAUGGGUACGAAAAGGUCGUUAGCACGGUAAAGGAGAGAUUAGCACUGGCCGAGAAUGACGAUGUAGAGCUCAAUUACCAGUGGCCUCAGUGGAUGAUGGGUUUGGAGUGGAAAAGAGCUAAUCCAAUACACAUCCUAGAUGAUGAAGAUAUGACCCUGUUUAUGGCGAUACGAGCGGACCUGGAAGAGGUGCACCUACGAGUUAAGGUGAUAAGAGGAGGGAGGGAGAAGAACGUUAAUUCUUUCAAGAGCCACUUGGAUCUGGGAGGAUUGACAUCUGAGAAGAUAUCCGAUAAGUACUGGAGUAACGCUGAAACUCGUUCUGUGUGGGAUAGCGCACUAACUAGACUAUUAACGCGUAAUGCGGACGUGGGCAAAGAAAUAGGAAUACAACCUGAAGGGAACUAAUCACUUAGCUAAGAAUGGUUAGUAAAAUUAGGGUAAAAUAAGAUUAAAUGUGUGAAACUUAAAUUAUAUGAAAAAAUAUAACAGAAUAAGGCGGAGGUUAAUUUAAAUGAUAGCGCGGUAAGUUAUAUUUUAUUUGCCUAUACGGAGGGAUUUAAAAAGGAUAAACUAAAAUUCCCUAAUUCAGGGUAACUUUAAAGUUAAUAUGUAAUAAAUAAAAUGUAGACAAUACAUAUAUUCGGUUUGAGAUAGAAAUAACUUUUGCAAGGGACCGUUGUUGAAAAAUUACAUGUAGGUAACUAAUUAAUU